GUUUGAAAGUGACCUAUCACAUCAGAGGCAAGUCUUCUAAAGAGGAUUUUCACACAUCCAUUGCUUCAGACAUGAUCUUUUGGGUCAUUUUGAUGUGUUUGGCUUCUGGAGUCCAGUCUAACCACAGUGCUGAAAUUGUCUCAUUACAAACAUUUCAGCUGGGAGAUGAUGUUAUCAUCAAAUGCUUCUCGACCAGAAAAAGUGUUGGCAACACAUUGGUUUGGUAUAAACAGAGCACCGGACAGAUCCCAAGAGCUAUCACAAUAUCAUACAACCACAAGGGUGAUGUCAUAUUUGAAGAUGAAUUUAAAGAUGGGAGAUUCAGUAUUUUAUCAAGUGAAGACUCUUUUCACCUCAACAUCACAGCUGCCACCAAGCAGGACACUGGAAUAUACUACUGCGGGACGGUGUUCUUGAAUUUAAUACAGUUUAUCUCUGGAGCACAUCUGAUGCUACAAGGAACUCAAGACGUCAACAUGGCAUGUGAGAAUAUUCCAAAUGGAACCACCGUUAAAGAUAGCAAAUUUCAAAAGGAAUGCUUAAUAUUCUCCAAUGUUGUUUUUGUGCUGGUAACUAUCACACUUCUUGCUGAUCGCUGCAUACAUCGGAGAAAAAGGCACAGAGGACCUGAAAAUGUAGCAUCUCCAUCAUGUGAGAUUAGAGAUUCAGAUGUGAAUUAUACAGCUGUGAGUUUUGCCUCUGUUUCACCGGCAAGAAGAUCAAAGGACAGACAAAUGGCUGCAUACAGUGAAGUGAAUUUAAAGUCAAGAGAUUACAUGAUUUAACAAAACAAUAAACUUUUUACAAAAAAGAGAAAAAUAUCAGACCUGACUUUUUUUAAUGUAGAGAUUAUACCGAGUUCAUCUUGCCUCACAAAGGUAGAAUGCGAUCUUCACUUUUGUGUGUUCCACUGUAUAAAUAUACUUAGUGUUUAAAGAUUUAAAGUUACAAGCACACUUUAUUGAGGCCAUAAGGUUAAAAUAUUUUAUAACUGUGACUGCUUCAUGACAAAAAUGUUUCAGGUUGCAUUAUUCAUAAUGAUUUAUCAGUAUCAUAAAUUUGGUUGCCAAUUCCAAAAUUAGCUAAAUGUGAAUUAUUUGUCUUGUAACUUAAAACGGACAUCAAGGCAUUUCUGUUUGUGUAU